AUGUCUUUCAAUAAAAAUUUACAAAAUUUUGCACCUACUUCUGAUACACUUCCUUGUCCAGAUAAAAAUUUUGUAAUUGAAUUGAGUACUAAUUUCAAUAAUGAACCCAAUACUGAAGAACAAUUUUUUAAAUAUAAUAAAAAUGCGCAUCCUAUCUGGAAUUACUUUAAACCAACUCCAGAUAAAAAAAUUAUUCUUUAUAGCCUGUGCUCUAAAACAAAAUAUAGUACUGGAUCUGAUAUUA